AUGGCCCCUCUGUCACGUCACCCCCGUCGUUGGAUCGACUUUGGUCCGGAAAGACAUCUUUUCGCGGAUGUUUCUGUCUUUCAAGGAAGACCUCCAGUCGCAAAUCACUCCCCCGGGCAGCCUGUGCAGGCGAAGCCAGGCCAGCUUGCAGCCACCAAGCCUCAGGAUCCCAAGCCUCGUCUCCUUUUGAUGGGACUUCGUCGGAGCGGGAAAUCUUCAAUCGCAAGUGUUGUUUUUCACAAGAUGCCCCCAAAUGAAACCCUGUUCCUAGAGUCAACUACACGCAUCCAGAAAGAUUCCAUCCACUCUUUCAUGGACUUCCAAGUCUGGGACUUUCCCGGCCAGCUGGAAUAUUUCGAGCCGUCUUUCGACCUCGAGGACAUCUUCGGGAGCCUUGGCGCCCUCGUCUGGGUCAUUGACGCCCAAGAUGAUUAUCUGGACUCUGUCGCGCGCCUGAAUCGAACCAUUUUGACUGUUCAACAAUACUACCCGAAUAUUAACAUCGAGGUCUUCAUCCACAAAGUCGAUGGGCUCUCGGACGAGUAUCGCACCGACACUUUUCAAGACAUCGUACAGCUCAUUUCCGACGAACUGAGCGAUGCCGGGUACGAGAACGCCCCCGUCCACUACUAUCUCACUUCUAUCUACGACUAUUCCGUUUUCGAGGCUUUCAGCAAAGUGAUACAGAAGCUGAUUCCCAAUCUUUCGACUCUCGAAAACCUGAUAAACACGCUUGGCAACAACUGCGGGUUCGAGAAGACCUAUCUUUUUGACGUAUUGAGCAAGAUCUAUAUCGCGUCCGAUACUCGCCCGGUGGACAUGUCGUGCUAUGAGAUGUGCUCCGAUUACAUAGACGUCAUCGUGGAUAUUUCCGAGCUAUACUCAUGGGAUCACCCAGACCGCAAACCCAAGGGUGACCAAACCCAGGAAGCAGAGAGCCAUGUCGUUCUGCACGAUGAAACAAUGAUUCACCUGAUGGAAAUGAACAAAUAUCUUUGUCUAGUUUCCGUGAUCAGGAAUCCUGAAUCCAAAGAGAAGAAGGGAUUAAUCGAUAUGAACUGCCGUACCUUCCAGGAAUCUCUCAACGAUGUUUUCUCUCGCAGCUGGGAGCAGGAGCAGGAACAAGGGCACGGUCGCCUGGAACAAGGUCCUAGCAGCUGAUUGUCAGCUUGUUCGCUAUGGUAUCGCUAAUUAAUUCUUUGGCUGUACUUUCUUGUGACUAAAUUCAUACUCUAGUGGGAUGUCUUACGGGGGCUUUUAGAAUCCCGACAUGGGAAUCCGCCCUGUCGAUGGACUCAGAAGUCUAGGUGGGAUGGGGAAGGCCCUGGGAAGUUUACAAUGUCCAUAGUAUACUAGUCUCGAUGGUCUGUAUUUUGAUGCUACGAGCCCAUUCUAAGUUGGUC